CCUUGGGCAAGUGAUGCCUGUGACGUCACGCGUUUGUGACACCGUCUUUCUCUUUCUCUCUCACCAACACCAACCAUGGUCAAGGGCAAGAGCCAGUCCAAAGGACAGCAGUCCAUCACAUCAUUUUUUAGUGGAUCCAAGAAGAAGGAUGACCCUUCUUCCGAUGUCGAUAUGGACGAUGAUGACGACGCUUCCAUUGCUCCCACUAAAAAAGGGACUAAAUCUGCCGCGCCAGACGCGUCGGAUCUGCCACCUAUUCACGAUAUACCCGCCAUUUUCUCCGAUCUCGUCAGCCGGAUACCCCGUAUCAAGCAGGUCGCUGAUCACAUCUCAGGACGUAAGCUGCGCGUCGCGACAAUGUGUUCUGGCACCGAAUCACCUCUUCUAGCCCUCGAACUUAUCCAGAAGUCAAUACUAGAACAACACGGCGUCAACUUCGAAAUUGAACAUGUGUUCUCGUGCGAAAUAGAACCUUUCAAACAGGCUUACAUUGAGAGGAACUUUCAUCCUCCCAUCCUCUUUCGUGAUGUCUGCGAGCUGGGCAAUGCUGAAGCCCACACUGCAUACGGUGCAUUAGCACCGGUACCAGGCGAUGUUGAUCUCUUAGUGGCUGGUACCUCGUGCGUCGAUUACUCCAAUCUCAACAACGAAAAGCAGGACAUCGAUGCGAAUGGCGAAUCUGGACGUACGUUCCGUGGUAUGAUGUCCUGGGUUACCAACCAUAGGCCGCCCAUUGUCAUACUCGAGAACGUAUGCUCUGCUCCAUGGUCCCGGGUACAAGAGAAGUUUGAAGCGCAUGGCUAUAGCGCAUCCUUUUCCCGUGUCGAUACCAAACAGUACUAUAUUCCCCAUACACGCACCAGAGUUUACCUGAUCGCAGUCGACAAGAAAAAUUCCUCUAUUCCUGAUGAGUGGAAGGAUUACGUUACCAACAAACUCAAGCGGCCUGCAUCCUCCACUCUGGACGCUUUUUUGUUAGCUUCUGACGAUCCUCGUAUACAUCACGCUCGUCAAAAGCUCGUGCAAGAAAGCUAUAAUGCCCUUGAUCGACGCACAGGACGAACCGAUUGGAGUCGUUGCGAGUCUCGGCAUCAGCGAGCAAGACUAGAGGAGGGUCUCGGAUCGAAGCGUCCUCUUACGAGUUGGGAUGAAGGUGGCUUCUGCAAACUUCCGGAUUUUGCUUGGGGAGACUGGGGUGUCGGACAAGUGGAGCGAGUUUGGGACUUGAUGGAUAUCAGUGUCCUGCGAGAUGCAAAGAAAGGCAUCGACCCUUCGUACAAGACCCAAGUUUGGAAUCUUUCUCAGAACGUCGAUCGCACCAUAGGCUCCAAUAAAGUUGGAAUCUGCCCAUGUCUUACUCCCUCCAUGAUUCCAUACAUCACCAACCGCGGUGGGCCGAUGGUUGGCUUAGAAGCUUUGUCGAUGCAGGGUCUUCCUGUGGAUAAGCUACUCUUGACGCGUGAAACGGAGGAUCAAUUGGCGGAUCUAGCAGGCAAUGCCAUGUCCACGACGGUCGUCGGGUCUUGUAUAUUGGCUGCACUGGUCUGUGGGAAGAAGCUUCUCAAGGCUGGAGAUGAUUUGGAGAGUUACGAGUCAAAGCGGGGAACCCAGACGGACGUCGAGACACCAAUGGAAAUCGAUCGUCCCGCUGAAGAUGCUGUAGCUAUGGAGGACCGUAUUACCGGUGAAGAUCAGCUUGUCGAGAAGCCCCUCGAUCUUUCUGCGACUGGCAAUCGGUCAUUGAUCGACCUCUUGAAGGAUGCAGAAAAAAGUGCGCGUCUUUGUGAGUGUGAGGGACGGACAGACAUGACUACCCGGGAGCUCUUUCGCUGCAAGGAUUGCGGUACACCGUACUGUAAGAAGUGUGGUGGUCGUCCUGAGCAUAACCCGGAGCCUAUCGUCUUUUCUACGAAGAAUCCUAGGUUGCCGCCUUCGGAUUUCGCCAAGGAACUAAAGGCCAUGCUUCCCAUGUCGAUUUCAUUCUCGGGUGUUAGCCAGAAAGUGCUUGAUGGUUUGAAGGCAUCUGCCAACGUCAAGAUUCCAGAGGCACGAUGGUCGAGCUGGUGUGCUGCAGUUUCUCGCGCAGCCAAGUCUGAGCUGCGCUUUGUGGAACCCAAGCGACAAGAAUAUUGGAGCGCUGUGUAUCAGUCACCUGAGGCGACACUGGAGCUCUUUUUGCAUCCUCAGCAAACGGAAUGGCGCUUAUUUGCGAAACCGGAAGAGCACGAGCCUGCGAAUGCCGAGAUACGUCAGUUGUUGGAAAUGCCGGUGGGCAGAUUCACUUGUGCUGAGAGCCUAUUAUCUGGCAGCUGGGAUUUCGCUCUCCCUCAUAAUUCAUCUAUCGCCGUCAAGGUGAAAGGGGAAGGAGAGUUGGUACCGUCAUGGGAAGCACGUCUGGGCCUUACUGAAGAUACCUUCAGGAACAAAACGGUCUUUUCACGUUUGCGGGUGUCAGUUGCCAACUCUGAUGUCCCCAAACUCGAUCGUGAUAUUUCUGGGGUUUAUACGCUUCAUGAUCGUUGUGGUACCGCGAACGGGGCGCUACAUAAGAGAAUGUCAGGGGAAGGAACUUUACCACCCCUGUAUAUGCUUAUGGAUCCCCACCGAACCAGUGACUCGGAGGAUAGCUUCGUAUUCUCCACUAGCAGACGCCGUCAUCAAUACGGUGAAGCGCGACCUAUCAUUGCGAAAUUGUCUCCUUCGUGGCGGCAAAGCUCCAACGAGGAGGAGGAAGAGGUGUCUUGUCGCACCCCUUGUAAGUGGGUAAGGGCAGAGAAUGUUCAUUUAACGGCUUCACAAAGCAAUGAUGCGAAGUUUUCCGUCCCUGCCAAAGGACUUGAGAUCCCAAUCUCAGAUGAUGCCUGUCGGAGUGCGACCGCCCUUCUUACGUGCACGGUCCUACUCAAGAAUCAUGCUGGACCGGAAUGGCCGCGUGGAUCAUGGCAGGAGGUGGACAAGAUCCAUGAACGUGGCACUUUCAAGGCGUUGGCAUGGCUCUUGGAGCGUAUCCGCGACGCUGGUAAUAAUUUCAGCUCGUGGCAAGAUGUAACUUUGCCAGAGGGGCAGUGUAACUGCGAGCGAUGUGCUCCUACGGCGCCUCAUAUACAUUGGACACAAGUGAACAAGAAAGUCGUCCCUGUAGAGGAUCCUGUCGAAGCAGGGGAAUACGAACGCAGGCUCAAGAGGAGGCCCAGUCCAUUCAUCACACAGCUGAAGCUAACGGAGGACAACACUGGUAUCGUUCGAAUCGGGGUCAACAUCCCAUCUCUUCUUCAUCGCGCGCUCUCCCGUCUUCCCAAGACUGGUCGAACUGAAAAGCCGACUCUUUCAUGGCGCCUUAACAUGAACUUUACCCCUGUUGUCAGCCUGAACCUUCCCAAAUUUGUCAUCUCCAGCAACAAAUUGGACAAGGAACAUGCGCAGCCGCCCAGCUUCAAGGUUCCGCUUCGCAAGGAGCAACUCCGAUCUUUAGAAUGGAUGCUGAAGCAGGAGUCUCGAAAUGCAGCGCCUUUCAUCGAAGAAGAGAUCUCGGAGAGCAUUCUGGACCCGUUGGGAUGGAGAGCAGAAGGACGUGCGCAGCGCCCGGUUCAUAUCCGUGGAGGUGUGCUAGCCGAUCAAGUUGGUUACGGAAAGACGGCUAUCACACUCGGUCUUAUUGACUGUGCCGCUAAGGACGUCGAGAAAGAGUUCAAUGCCAUGGGCCGUGUCAAGGGGAAGAUCCUACUGAAGUCGACCCUUAUUGUCGUGCCGCCCCACUUAACAAGGCAAUGGGACUCAGAGGUCCGUAAAUUUACGAAGAAGGGAUUCACAGUACUAGUUCUUUCCACCGUAUCAAACCUCAACUCCGCGACAAUUGAGGAUUUCCAAGAUGCUGACAUUGUUGUCGUUGCGUCCAACCUUUUCAAGAGUAAUGUCUACCUCGACAACCUCCAGCUUCUAGCGGCGGCGGGCGCUCUUCCUUCGAAAGAGGGCAGGCACUUCAAUGCUAAUCUUCGGAAAGCUCUGGAGUCUUUGAAGGCCCAAACCGAUAGACUUCAAGACAAAGGUUCUGAAGCCGUUAUGCAAGAAAUACAGGAUGCCCAGAAGCGGGUUGAAGAGGAAGCGGAACGAAUUGCAGCAGCCAUUCAGUCGAAGAGACUGAAGGGCAAGUCCUAUCGUGAUGCAGCUGACCAAAAGGAAGCCGAGAAGAAGGCGGCCCGGGCAGCAAAGGCGAAGUCUCCCAAAAAGUUCAAGAAGGUCGAAGUGGUUAUCCCUAGACUGAGCCGAAAUGUUUCUUCUGAGGCAUCCUCUCCUACGGCUGCGGAGCAGAGCGAUUCCGACACCAACAGGCGGCCGAAGCGGCGUGCUGCUGCGUCACAGAAGGUGACGAUCUUAUCGGAUGACGAAGGAGACAGCACUUCCAGCGAAGCUGUUAUCACGUCUAAGAAAGUCGGCGGAUUGGCGAAGAAGGUCGAUGAAAAGACAAAGAAAGGCGGCCGAAAAAGCAAACGCGCUGUUUCGGACGACGACGAAGAUUUCGAGAUGGAGGCCUCAGAUGUGGACGAUGACGAUGACGGCGAGUCGUCACCCACUUCGGUCCCGUCAUCGGAUGAAUAUGAUGAGGAGGAAGACGAAGAAGACGUUCCCAAGAAGCCUUCCAAGAAGACUAUUCCGAAGCCGAAACCGAAAGCACGAAGGCCCUCUGUAUCUUCUAAUGCGGCUACGGAAGACGAGGAUAUGGAUCUGCUAAAAAGCCGACGAAGCGCAAGGCUGGGGAUGAGGGCGAACGAUCCUGCCAAAAAGCAGAAACGUGUCGAUAAUGAUCCGUGGAAGUUAGAGUCAAAGCCCGUUCGCAAAGAUUGGACACAGAUGCGCGCGCCUCCUUUGGAAAUGUUCCACUUCGCUCGCAAAGUCGUUGAUGAGUAUACGUAUCUCGAUGGGAAAGUGCAUUCACUUGUUACCAACCUGACGGCUGAGCGGCAUUGGGUUCUCUCCGGUACCCCGCCCAUUCAUGACUUUGCUGCUUUGAAGACGAUCGCUGCAUUCCUGAACAUUCAUCUUGGUGUAGAUGAUGAUGGAGAAGGCCAGUCCGCUGAGGUCAAGAGGCGCCGGCGAGAACAGACAGAGGUGGAGAAAUUUCACUCUUUUCGGGAAGUCCAUAGUCUUGAGUGGCAUGCACAUCGGCAUGAACUCGGGCAGGCUUUCCUCGACCAAUUCGUUCGCCAGAAUAUCGCCGAGAUUGACGAGAUUCCAUGGACGGAAAAGGUUGUCGAUAUCAUUCUACCCGCUGCAGAACGUGCCAUCUAUUUGGAACUAGAGCAUCACUUACGUGCCCUUGAUAUGACCAUCAAACGCGGCAAGAAAACAGAAAGUGACCGAGAGAAACGGCUCGCCAAAUCCCUUGGCGAAAGCAAAUCUGCGGAGGAAGCGUUGCUCAAGCGCUGUUCACACUUUGAUCUGGAAACCUCAAAUGAAAACGCCAUGAAGGCCUGCGACGUUAUCGUGGGAGAGCGCCAAAAGCAGCUGGACGAGUGUAAGGCGGACCUCCUCAAGGCGGUGAAAGAUGGCGUGAAGAGAGAAAAGAGUCUUAGCAACGUCGGAAGUGAAUCCAUGUUCCACGAGUGGAUCCGAGUAUGCAGAAGCGAAGUCAUCGAACUCCUAGACGAGGCUGGCGUUGGUGUCGUAAAGGGCAAAGCGAAGCGAGAGGACGUCAAUCUCAGCGAGAAGACGAAAGCCCAAGUUUGGGAACAUCGUGAGAAGACACACGAAAUCCGGCGACUAACGAAGGAGUUGGUUGGUCGAGUUCGUUCCCUCCGGUAUUUCACAGUCGUGCGCGAUCUUCAGAAGCAGCGAGAGGAGCCACCGAUUGUGAACUGUCCAAAAUGCGAACGGCAGAAGCUACCGAUUAGCGAGGUGGCGGUGCUUUCCUCCUGUGGGCAUAUGGGAUGCUUGGAGUGCGUCAGAACGUGCGCCGAGCGGGAAGAGUGCGUCUACGCCGCAUCUGGGGCGUGCAAGAGUGCUGCGCGGGUGCUGAAUGUAGGUAUCGACGACGAGGGUCGGGACGGGCAGGGCAAGCACUUUGGGAUGAAACUCGAGAAGGUCGUCAAUUUGAUUCAACGAGUUCUGGUGUUCGUCCAGUUCCCUGAUCUCAUGAAAAAGGUGACCGAAGCCUUCACUUAUAACAAAAUCAAGUUCCUCGAGAUUAGGGGAACUGCGCAUCAGAAGAGCAAGAACCUCGAAACAUUCCAAAACGAGAGCGAAGAACGCGUACUUCUUUUGAAUGUCAUGGACGAAAGCGCUAGUGGGGCUAAUCUGACAUCAGCCAAUCAUGCCGUUUUCUUGUCUCCGUUACUUGCACCCUCAAAAGAGAUCUACAAGGCUUGCGAGACGCAGGCUGUGGGCCGGCUAGUUCGCUAUGGACAGGAAAAGCAUGUUUAUGUGUGGAGGUUCUUGACGAGGAACACUGUCGACGAGGAUAUUUAUAACCAAAGGAGGGACGUCCAGCCAACGACAUCAUGA